ACAAAAGCCUUGGCAAGGUGAAAAAUGCACCGAGUAGGGGAUAUUUCUGAUUUGGAUAUUUCCAAAGAAUACAUUGGUUUUGAAUGUUCAGCAGCCAGGAUCAUACAACAUGCUGAGGCACAGUAAUGCUUGAGCUGAUACUGUUAGAGGCUCCUACAAGGUAUGACACUUUUCAAGUGACUGAAAGUGGAAAGUAGAAAGACAUUGAAACAUAUAUAGGAGCAGCUAGUCCUGGGCAGUAUCAAUUCACUUUCACUCUCCAGAUCAUUCAAAGUUGGGCAGAGAAAUAUCAGGCAAUUUGUAGAGUCACUUGGUCCUUUCACUUACACAUUCUUCUUUUUCCUGGACAUAAUCAGAACCUUGGCUCCAAUGGCCCUAUUUCAUAUCACUACACUACUUAUGGUUAUUGCAGGUGAAUAAAUGAGAAAGUGAUCUCUAGAAGGUCUAGUAAAAAGACAUGGGUUACACCAAAAAUAUGAUUCCUUGCUCACAUCUGGAAUAAACCAAAUCCUUUCCUUCAUGCUGCUCAGAAAGAAUACUUUACGCAGUGUUCAUCACAAAAGGUCCUAAAGAACAUGAUAGCUAAAUGUUGUCCUUCCAGACUUUCCUGGUUGCACUUCUUAAAAUAUCCUUAUUUCUAGUAUAUCCAUCCCUAGCCCAAACGAGGUAAUACAGAAGUAGAAGGAAUCUCCAGGUGGGAUAGGUGUGCUUCUCUUACCUGCACUCUUGUUCUGCGCCACAUAAAGGCAAGAUCUGAGCCUUCAUGCCCCGCACCUUAUGAGGGGCGUGUUGGGCGGAGCUCGGCUCUGGAAGGGCCACGGAUGAGGGCAGGCUGGGCCCCCUAUAGGUUUCUCGCCCAGGGCUUAUUAAGGUCCUGAAACUGCCUGCUUCUUGGGACUGACCCGACUCUUGGCAAGCAAGAGUGAGGCUGAACUGGGGUCGGGGGUGGGCAGCUGCAGGUCGUUGUUGGGGUGGCUGUUGGGCUGGCGUUCGUAUGUGGUCAGCGCCGCGCCGCUAAGCCAGCCCCCGGCUCACGUUACACACUCCUGUAUUUAUAACUUCGGCGAGGCGCUUCCCCCUCCGAGCAUUAGCGGGACCACCUCUGUUCCACUGCCUGAGAGCCCCGAGCGGCCGCUUCUUGAAACAUCCGAGCAAAGCCACGACCGGGAUUGGUAGCCAAGCGCAGGAGAUCUGGAUUACACCCGAGCGUCGCGGCGCGCAGCCACCGGCCUUAGAAGUGGCUGGGAGGAGAGGGGAGGACCGGGUCGCUCCUUAUCCUCCGGCGGGCGUUCUCUGGCAGUGGGGUGGCCGCUCGGAGCCCUGUCGCAUGCCAUGGAUCACACGCUUUUCGGCUGCCUGCGCAGUCCUCAUCAUCCCCCUGGCCAGGGCUUGCACCCAUUCUCACAGUCUGCGCUUGCCCUGCACGGCCGCUCCGAUCACAUGUCCUACCCGGAGCUCUCCGCGUCCUCCUCCUCUUGCAUCAUAGCGGGAUACCCCAACGAGGAGGGCAUGUUCGGCAGCCAGCAUCACAGGGGCCACCACCACCACCAUCACCACCACCACCAUCACCAGCAACAACAGCAGCAGCACCAGCAGUCGUUACAGACCAACUGGCACAUCCCGCAGAUGACUUCCCCGCCACCGCCUCCACCGCCCCAGUCCGCCUCAUCCAGACACAGCCUGUGCCUUCAGCCCGACUCGGCUGGACCCCCGGAGCUAGCUAGUAGUCCCCCAGGACUGUGCUCGAAUUCAUCAAGUUUGGGGACCGGCACCCCGGCAGGAGCAGCGUGCGCUCCGGGAGAUUACGGCAGGCAAGCGCUGUCCCCGGUGGAGACGGAGAAAAGAAUGGGCAAGCGGAAAAGCGACAGCUCAGAUUCUCAAGAGGGAAAUUAUAAAUCUGAGGUCAAUAGCAAACCAAGAAAAGAAAGAACAGCUUUCACCAAAGAGCAAAUCAGAGAGUUAGAAGCAGAGUUUGCCCAUCAUAACUACCUCACCAGGCUGCGGAGAUACGAAAUAGCUGUGAACCUGGAUCUCACUGAAAGACAGGUAAAAGUUUGGUUCCAGAACAGACGGAUGAAAUGGAAACGGGUAAAAGGAGGGCAACAGGGAGCUGCAGCCCGAGAGAAAGAAUUGGUAAACGUGAAAAAAGGCACUCUGCUCCCAUCAGAGCUUUCUGGCAUUGGUGCUGCCAGUCUCCAACAUACAGGGGACUCCCUGGCAAAUGACGACAGCCACGACAGUGAUCAUAGCUCUGAGCAUGCACACUUAUGAUAAGGCAGGAAGGAAUCCUAGGUCUGUUCUCAGGAAAGCCAUUUUUAACACAGCGAGCUUAUGUGGACAUUGAUAUAUGCAAGUGACUGACUUUCUGACAAUCAAAAUGGAAGUAACUUAGGACUUACUAUUUCUGCUACUCUUGAACUAUUAUUAUUAUUUGUGCUUAGAUUCAGUAAGUGCCAUGCCUCCCAUGUGCCUUGUGAGUAGAAGCAGGAGAUACAUUUGCUUUUCAACAUUCCAGAUUCGCUUGGCCUUUCAGUGACAAUGGAGCAGAUAUUGUUGCUUUAGCUUGCAUCAAACAAUGACGUUGCUUUCCACACAGUGUCAACAGAAACACUGUCUCAAGAGGAUAAGAACUGUAUUUUUACUCUGUAUAUAUCUACUUUUCAGCAUUUUUACUUUUCACUCAUUUUUAGCAGUGCAUUCAUAUUUGCUAACCGCAAUAGUCACCCAUGAGAAUAAAUGGCUUUUUUCAAUCUAUUUUUUUGUUUUGUGUUUCAGAGUUAUAGAAUACAUGCAGACAUUUGCAUUCACAUAACAAGUAGUAUAAAUGAGUCUGCUAGUUGAAAUCCUUAUACCACAGACAAAACAAAUUUUAUGUUGCAUUUACUAUCAAUUGCUGCUAACAGGAAAUUAUUAAACCUUGUUCCUCAAAUCUUACUUUCUAACAGCAAAGGUAUUUUUUUUUGAAAGAAGAAUCAUGGCUAUUAUGAAAAACUGAAUUUUGAUUAAUAAUUAGAAUUUAUUACUACAAUAAUAUAAUAGGCACAUGAUUCAUAUAGCUGGAUAUAAUUCAGAAUAGUACUAGUACAUCUAAUAAAGCUACUUCAAAAUGAAUUGUGAACAGUAUUUUCUUACAAAUGGGAAAGUUAUUACCUUCCAUUAUUUUGUGUUAGUAAUCAGGUAUUAAUUUUCCAAUAUUAAGUAUUCAAAUUAACAAGGCAAAGUUCUCUGUGUAAUGAUCAAGUUUUAUUAAAUAUGUUUGUGUAUAGAACACAAAAAAUAAGGAUAUUUUCUUCCCUCUUUUAAGCUUUUGUGUAUAUACAAUGAAAUAGGAACAAUCCAAAAUUUUAAACAAAACAUUGAUUGUACUUUGUAAAGGAAAUGCUUAAUAAAUGUUCCUUUUGAAUAAGAC